AUGUCAAGAAUUGCUUGUGCCUGGGCGGAGUUAGGCGAGGAUGCUAACGAUGCCUAUCACUGGUACGAAACCACGCAUAUACCCGACGCCCUGGUGAAGAUCAGGUCCACCGCCAGACAUGCAGAGCAAGUGGAAGACAGCCCAUUCCAGGAAGUACCUGGGAUUGAUGGCAGGUUCAUGACCAUUUACGACCUACCAAAACAACCAAGCGCGCAAGACCUGGAUGCGCGGAUAUGCCCUGCGCUGGACAAACUCCCGAAUGAGGCGAAGGUAGACACACGGUUCUACACAGAGCAUAAGAACUGGUUUGGGGAGGAGUGGCGCGGAGAUCCCCGCGAUGUCCAAAUGUGGGUCGUAGUCCUUUGGCAGCCCGCCCCGGAGGUUCACGACGAAUUCGUAAAGUGGUUCGGAGAAGAGUUCACGCCCGGUAUGCUCGAGAGUCCUGGACUGCUUCGCACGCGCAUCUUCAAGCUCGAGCACGCUUCGCUCAUCCAGGACGAGAAGUACAAACAAGUGGACAAGGCGUCAGUGUACCAGUACAUGACGUUUUGGGAGUUCGAUAGCGAGGAAUUGCCAUGGGAGAUCUUGGUAUACCUGGGGUCUUCAGAGAGGUGGAGACAUUAUGUGGAGGGCGGGCUUCUGUCAUGGCAGGUCGGACAAUUUCUGGUAAAUAACAUCUAUCCCGACAUCGAGGACGCGGACUCCCCGGCCGUCAUGGGGGCGAAGAUCAUCGUAACCCCGGUCGCACAGGAGACGUGA